GGUAGAAGAUUCCAAAAGUACAAAGUCAAAAUAGAAAGGGGAAAGGGACUGGGAGACACGUAAUUGGAGAAAAGCAAGAGAAGAUCGAAGAUGGGUUGCUUGGAUUGCUUCGAUGGAGGCAGCAAAAGAGAGCAGAGAAGAGAAGAAGAACGGUUAGCCUCUGAAGAAGCCCGUGCCAGAGCUGCCGAAGCCGCCCAAAAAAGGCAAGAACAAUAUGAAAAAUCUGCUGCAGGUAGAGCAGCACGUGCACAAAUGGCAGCUGCUGCCAAGAAAGCAACGAAUACAAACCAAGGAGAAUCAGUUCUUAAGGUACUGUACUCCGUUCUCUCUACUAUGAGUGGGCAAUGGGAUGAGCGUUAGCUCUCUUAGGUUGACAUCUUCCAUUCACUGUACUGAAGUCCUUAUUAGAGUUGAAGUUUGAUCUCCAACAAUCUGUUUACGGUGAACAGUUGUAAAUAUUUUGCUCUUAAUUAAUUUAGUUUUUUCUCCAAUCUAUCUGUAAACUGAAAUGAAAAUAAGGUGGAACAAGUCUGACAAUUUGUAUUUCCAUCUUCCACCAGUCAAUUUGCUCUUCCUGUCUCCAUUCAUGCAACAUUCUCUUGUUUGUGUACAGCAAAGUGCUUAAAGCAAACCUGUGAUUCUUUUUCAGCAA